AUGGCCACCAACAUAACCGCCGGCGAUCUUAUCAGCCCAUCCACCACUAAACUGGGCUGGAUCGGCACUGGGGUAAUGGGCAGCUCCAUGUGCUCCCAUUUGCUCAAGGCCGGCUAUACAGUCAACGUUUUCACUCGCACACAGUCCAAGGCCCAAUCUCUUCUUUCAAUGGGGGCCCACUGGGUUGACUCACCCAGGUCUGUCGCCGCUCAAUCCGAUGUCGUUUUGUCCAUCGUCGGCUACCCCUCCGACGUUCGCCAGGUCAUGCUUGAUCCAACCACCGGCGCACUCUCCGGCCUCCGCCCUGGUGGCGUCCUCGUUGACAUGACCACCUCUGACCCUUCCCUCGCUGAGGAGAUUCACGCUGCCGCCGCCGCUGCCGGAUGCUUUUCCAUUGACGCUCCUGUCUCCGGUGGAGACCGAGGCGCCCGCUCCGCCUCCCUCUCCAUAUUCGCUGGUGGCGAACAAAGCGUCGUAACCCGUCUCACUCCGUUGUUUGACCACCUCGGGAGAGUGUACUACAUGGGUGGCCCCGGGAAAGGGCAGUUCUGUAAAUUAGGAAAUCAGGUAACCAUUGCCUCAACUAUGGUAGGUCUGUGUGAGGGUUUAAUAUACGCACACAAGGCCGGACUGGAUUUAAGCAACUACUUGAACGCAAUUUCGACUGGUGCUGCUGGCUCCAAAUCCUUGGACUUGUAUGGUAACAGGAUAUUGAACAGGGAUUUUGAGGCUGGGUUUUAUCAUUGGCUCAGCAGCUCUAUUUAUCUCUCAAAGCUCACGGGGAGGGAGAUCUGGGUACUCAAGCUCUUGUUUUGGCUCUCGAGAGGCUCAACAACAUUUCACUUGAGCCGACUAAAUCUGAUUCUAAGGGAGAGAAAGAAGCUUAAACUGAAAUCAGGUCUUGGUCGUGGGUCAUAUCCUGGUGACCAUUUUGUCUCACCAUCGACAGAGGAAGAGGCUUCAUCUUCCGAGAAAACAGUUAUGAUAUCAGCUGCCGAGUUUGCCAAAUUCUAUCAGUAUCAAGAAUCAUUGAAGGAAUCCACUUCAGUUACUGCCGUUGCUGAGUCAGGAUCUUAUGACGAAGCAGAUUAUUGGUAA